CGCGCACUGGCCGCCGCUCCUCCCCGUUAACAGCGAGAAGAGAAAGUUCCUUCUUCUGACUUUUAAUUCUCCUGAUGUUGCGAUAGUUUGACGGAGAGAGUUUUUUCAAGCGAUACAGACAGUUUGGACAUGAAAGCCCUAAACUUCUAGAAAAGUUUCUUGAAAGUUUUUCCCCCCAAAGCUGCGGCAUCAUGAAGCCAUUGCUGCGCUCCUCCAGCGACUUUCUUUGGAUUCUGUUUUUCUUCUGCGCUCUCCCCAAGGUCUCUACAGAAGAAUGGCCUAAAGUAGUCAGGAAUCUCUCUGUCACUGAAAUCACAACAUCCUCUAUAUCUGUGAUGUGGAAUGAACCAGUGGGGAACAGCUCUUCCUAUAGAGUACAGUGGAGUGAUGGAAAUGUAACUAAAAGUCACAAAGUGAAUCAAACACAAAUAAACAUUACUGACCUGACUGCUGGUGUCCAGUAUGAUAUAAAUCUCACUGCAGUGCCAGAUGAUGGCAGUACUGAAGGACAGAGUACCACUGUUUCUCAGUACACAAAACCUGGUACAAUUGGGGGUCCUACUGACUCAACAAGCACCUCCUCCAUCUCUCUGAACUGGACCCCACCUCCUGGUGAGGUGCUCCUGUACAGGGUGGAGUGGAAUCAUGGUGGAGCGAAGACGAUCAGAGACACCAACAACACAUUUGCUGUGCUAUCAGACCUGAUCCCUGGCACUAGCUACAACAUCUUAAUCUUUGCUGUUGCUGGAGACAAUCAGACAACAGGAGAUCCUUACCAACUCACCAUAGUCACAAAGCCUGAAGUAGUCAGGAAUCUCUCUGUCACUGAAAUCACAACAUCCUCUAUAUCUGUGAUGUGGAAUAAACCAGAGGGGAACAGCUCUUUCUAUAGAGUACAUUGGAGUGAUGGAAAUAUCCCUAAAAGUGACAACGUGACUGAAACAAAUAUAAUAAUUUCGAACCUGACUGCUGGUGUCCAGUAUGAUGUAAAUGUCACUGCAGUGGCAGGUGAUGGCAGUACUGAAGGACAGAGUACCACUGUUUCUCAGUACACAAGGCCUAAAGUAGUCAGAAAUCUCUCUGUCACUGAAAUCACAACAUCCUCUAUAUCUGUGAUGUGGAAUAAACCAGAGGGGAACAGCUCUUCCUAUAGAGUACAGUGGAGUGAUGGAAAUGUAAAUAAAAGUGACAAAGUGACUGAAACAAAUAUUACCAUUACUGACCUGACUGCUGGUGUCCAGUAUGAUAUAAAUGUCACUGCAGUGGCAGGUGAUGGCAGUACUGAAGGACAGAGUGCCACUGUUUCUCAGUACACAAAACCUGGUACAAUUGGGGGUCCUACUGACUCAACAAGCACCUCCUCCAUCUCUCUGAACUGGACCCCACCUCCUGGUGAGGUGCUCCUGUACAGGGUGGAGUGGGAUCAUGGUGGAGCGAAGACGAUCAGAGACACCAACAACACAUUUGCUGUGCUAUCAGACCUGAUCCCUGGCACAAGCUACAACAUCUUAAUCUUUGCUGUUGCUGGAGACAAUCAGACAACAGGAGAUCCUUACCAACUCACCAUAGUCACAAGGCCUAAAGUAGUCAGGAAUCUCUCUGUCACUGAAAUCACAACAUCCUCUAUAUCUGUGAUGUGGAAUAAACCAGAGGGGAACAGCUCUUCCUAUAGAGUACAGUGGAGUGAUGGAGAUGUAACUAAAAGUCACAAAGUGAAUCAAACACAAAUAAACAUUACUGACCUGACUGCUGGUGUCCAGUAUGAUAUAAAUGUCACUGCAGUGGCAGGUGAUGGCAGUACUGAAGGACAGAGUACCACUGUUUCCCAGUACACAAAACCUGGUACAAUUGGGGGUCCUACUGACUCAACAAGCACCUCCUCCAUCUCUCUGAACUGGACCCCACCUCCUGGUGAGGUGCUCCUGUACAGGGUGGAGUGGAAUCAUGGUGGAGCGAAGACGAUCAGAGACACCAACAACACAUUUGCUGUGCUAUCAGACCUGAUCCCUGGCACUAGCUACAACAUCUUAAUCUUUGCUGUUGCUGGAGACAAUCAGACAACAGGAGAUCCUUACCAACUCACCAUAGUCACAAAGCCUGAAGUAGUCAGGAAUCUCUCUGUCACUGAAAUCACAACAUCCUCUAUAUCUGUGAUGUGGAAUAAACCAGAGGGGAACAGCUCUUUCUAUAGAGUACAUUGGAGUGAUGGAGAUGUAACUAAAAGUGAAAACUUGUUGGAAACUAAUAUUACCAUUACUGACCUGACUGCUGGUGUCCAGUAUGAUAUAAAUGUUACUGCAGUGGCAGGUGAUGGCAGUACUGAAGGACAGAGUGCCACUGUUUCUCAGUACACAAAGCCUCAAGUAGUCAGGAAUCUCUCUGUCACUGAAAUCACAACAUCCUCUAUAUCUGUGAUGUGGAAUAAACCAGAGGUGAACAGCUCUUCCUAUAGAGUACAGUGGAGUGAUGGAAAUGUAACUAAAAGUGACAAAGUGAAUCAAACAAAUAUUACCAUUACUGACCUGACUGCUGGUGUCCAGUAUGCUAUAAAUGUCACUGCAGUGGCAGGUGAUGGCAGUACUGAAGGACAGAGUGCCACUGUUUCUCAGUACACAAAACCUGGUACAAUUGGGGGUCCUACUGACUCAACAAGCACCUCCUCCAUCUCUCUGAACUGGACCCCACCUCCUGGUGAGGUGCUCCUGUACAGGGUGGAGUGGGAUCAUGGUGGAGCGAAGACGAUCAGAGACACCAACAACACAUUUGCUGUGCUAUCAGACCUGAUCCCUGGCACUAGCUACAACAUCUUAAUCUUUGCUGUUGCUGGAGACAAUCAGACAACAGGAGAUCCUUACCAACUCACCAUAGUCACAAAGCCUAAAGUAGUCAGGAAUCUCUCUGUCACUGAAAUCACAACAUCCUCUAUAUCUGUGAUGUGGAAUAAACCAGAGGGGAACAGCUCUUCCUAUAGAGUACAGUGGAGUGAUGGAGAUGUAACUAAAAGUCACAAAGUGAAUCAAACACAAAUAAACAUUACUGACCUGACUGCUGGUGUCCAGUAUGAUAUAAAUGUCACUGCAGUGGCAGGUGAUGGCAGUACUGAAGGACAGAGUACCACUGUUUCCCAGUACACAAAACCUGGUACAAUUGGGGGUCCUACUGACUCAACAAGCACCUCCUCCAUCUCUCUGAACUGGACCCCACCUCCUGGUGAGGUGCUCCUGUACAGGGUGGAGUGGAAUCAUGGUGGAGCAAAGACGAUCAGAGACACCAACAACACAUUUGCUGUGCUAUCAGACCUGAUCCCUGGCACAAGCUACAACAUCUUAAUCUUUGCUGUUGCUGGAGACAAUCAGACAACAGGAGAUCCUUACCAACUCACCAUAGUCACAAAGCCUGAAGUAGUCAGGAAUCUCUCUGUCACUGAAAUCACAACAUCCUCUAUAUCUGUGAUGUGGAAUAAACCAGAGGGGAACAGCUCUUCCUAUAGAGUACAGUGGAGUGAUGGAGAUGUAACUAAAAGUCACAAAGUGAAUCAAACACAAAUAAACAUUACUGACCUGACUGCUGGUGUCCAGUAUGAUAUAAAUGUCACUGCAGUGGCAGGUGAUGGCAGUACUGAAGGACAGAGUACCACUGUUUCCCAGUACACAAAACCUGGUACAAUUGGGGGUCCUACUGACUCAACAAGCACCUCCUCCAUCUCUCUGAACUGGACCCCACCUCCUGGUGAGGUGCUCCUGUACAGGGUGGAGUGGAAUCAUGGUGGAGCAAAGACGAUCAGAGACACCAACAACACAUUUGCUGUGCUAUCAGACCUGAUCCCUGGCACUAGCUACAACAUCUUAAUCUUUGCUGUUGCUGGAGACAAUCAGACAACAGGAGAUCCUUACCAACUCACCAUAGUCACAAAGCCUGAAGUAGUCAGGAAUCUCUCUGUCACUGAAAUCACAACAUCCUCUAUAUCUGUGAUGUGGAAUAAACCAGAGGGGAACAGCUCUUUCUAUAGAGUACAUUGGAGUGAUGGAGAUGUAACUAAAAGUGAAAACUUGUUGGAAACUAAUAUUACCAUUACUGACCUGACUGCUGGUGUCCAGUAUGAUAUAAAUGUUACUGCAGUGGCAGGUGAUGGCAGUACUGAAGGACAGAGUGCCACUGUUUCUCAGUACACAAAGCCUCAAGUAGUCAGGAAUCUCUCUGUCACUGAAAUCACAACAUCCUCUAUAUCUGUGAUGUGGAAUAAACCAGAGGGGAACAGCUCUUCCUAUAGAGUACAGUGGAGUGAUGGAAAUGUAACUAAAAGUGACAAAGUGACUGAAACAAAUAUUACCAUUACUGACCUGACUGCUGGUGUCCAGUAUGAUAUAAAUGUCACUGCAGUGGCAGGUGAUGGCAGUACUGAAGGACAGAGUGCCACUGUUUCUCAGUACACAAAACCUGGUACAAUUGAGGGUCCUACUGACUCAACAAGCACCUCCUCCAUCUCUCUGAACUGGACCCCACCUCCUGGUGAGGUGCUCCUGUACAGGGUGGAGUGGGAUCAUGGUGGAGCGAAGACGAUCAGAGACACCAACAACACAUUUGCUGUGCUAUCAGACCUGAUCCCUGGCACUAGCUACAACAUCUUAAUCUUUGCUGUUGCUGGAGACAAUCAGACAACAGGAGAUCCUUACCAACUCAACAUAGUCACAAGGCCUGAAGUAGUCAGGAAUCUCUCUGUCACUGAAAUCACAACAUCCUCUAUAUCUGUGAUGUGGAAUAAACCAGAGGGGAACAGCUCUUCCUAUAGAGUACAGUGGAGUGAUGGAGAUGUAACUAAAAGUCACAAAGUGAAUCAAACACAAAUAAACAUUACUGACCUGACUGCUGGUGUCCAGUAUGAUAUAAAUGUCACUGCAGUGGCAGGUGAUGGCAGUACUGAAGGACAGAGUACCACUGUUUCCCAGUACACAAAACCUGGUACAAUUGGGGGUCCUACUGACUCAACAAGCACCUCCUCCAUCUCUCUGAACUGGACCCCACCUCCUGGUGAGGUGCUCCUGUACAGGGUGGAGUGGAAUCAUGGUGGAGCAAAGACGAUCAGAGACACCAACAACACAUUUGCUGUGCUAUCAGACCUGAUCCCUGGCACUAGCUACAACAUCUUAAUCUUUGCUGUUGCUGGAGACAAUCAGACAACAGGAGAUCCUUACCAACUCACCAUAGUCACAAAGCCUGAAGUAGUCAGGAAUCUCUCUGUCACUGAAAUCACAACCUCCUCUAUAUCUGUGAUGUGGAAUAAACCAGAGGGGAACAGCUCUUCCUAUAGAGUACAUUGGAGUGAUGGAGAUGUAACUAAAAGUGAAAACUUGUUGGAAACUAAUAUUACCAUUACUGACCUGACUGCUGGUGUCCAGUAUGAUAUAAAUGUUACUGCAGUGGCAGGUGAUGGCAGUACUGAAGGACAGAGUGCCACUGUUUCUCAGUACACAAAGCCUGAAGUAGUCAGGAAUCUCUCUGUCACUGAAAUCACAACAUCCUCUAUAUCUGUGAUGUGGAAUAAACCAGAGGGGAACAGCUCUUCCUAUAGAGUACAUUGGAGUGAUGGAAAUGUAACUAAAAGUGACAAAGUGAAUCAAACACAAAUAAACAUUACUGACCUGACUGCUGGUGUCCAGUAUGAUAUAAAUGUCACUGCAGUGGCAGGUGAUGGCAGUACUGAAGGACAGAGUACCACUGUUUCCCAGUACACAAAACCUGGUACAAUUGGAGUACCUAUUGUGUCCACAAACACCUCCUCCAUCUCUCUGAACUGGGCCCCACCUCCUGGUGAGGUGCUCCUGUACAGGGUGGAGUGGGAUCAUGGUGGAGCGAAGACGAUCAGAGACACCAACAACACCUUUGCUGUGCUAUCAGACCUGAUCCCUGGCACUAGCUACAACAUCUUAAUCUUUGCUGUUGCCGGAGACAAUCAGACAACAGGAGAUCCUUACCAACUCACCAUAGUCACAGAGCCUGAAGUAGUCAGGAAUCUCUCUGUCACUGAAAUCACAACAUCCUCUAUAUCUGUGAUGUGGAAUGAACCAGAGGGGAACAGCUCUUCCUAUAGAGUACAGUGGAGUGAUGGAAAUGUAAAUAAAAGUGAAAACGUGAUUGAAACCAAUAUUACCAUUACUGACCUGACUGCUGGUGUCCAGUAUGAUAUAAAUGUCACUGCAGUGGCAGAUGAUGGCAGUACUGAAGGACAGAGUGCCACUGUUUCUCAGUACACAAGGCCUGAAGUAGUCAGGAAUCUCUCUGUCACUGAAAUCACAACAUCCUCUAUAUCUGUGAUGUGGAAUAAACCAGAGGGGAACAGCUCUUCCUAUAGAGUACAGUGGAGUGAUGGAAAUGUAACUAAAAGUGACAAAGUGAAUCAAACACAAAUAAACAUUACUGACCUGACUGCUGGUGUCCAGUAUGAUAUAAAUGUCACUGCAGUGGCAGGUGAUGGCAGUACUGAAGGACAGAGUGCCACUGUUUCUCAGUACACAAAACCUGGUACAAUUGGAGUACCUAUUGUGUCCGCAAACACCUCCUCCAUCUCUCUGAACUGGACCCCACCUCCUGGUGAGGUGCUCCUGUACAGGGUGGAGUGGGAUCAUGGUGGAGCAAAGACGAUCAGAGACACCAACAACACAUUUGCUGUGCUAUCAGACCUGAUCCCUGGCACUAGCUACAACAUCUCAAUUAUUGCUGUCGCUGGAGACAAUCAGACAACAGGAGAUCCUUACCAACUCAACAUAUUCACAAAACCUGCUGGUGUCGAAAAUCUCUCCAUCAUUGCAGUCACAUAUUCAUCUGUGUCUCUGAUCUGGAAACAACCCAAGGGCAAUGUGUCCUCAUACUCAAUUCAGUGGAAUGCAAUAGGAGAAACCCUAACCCUUAAUAACACCACUAUUGAAACCAACUUUACUAUCAACAAUUUAAUCCCUGGAGUCCAAUACAACAUUCUAGUGGCUGCUGUUGCUGGAAAAUCCUCAAACAAAGGAGCCGGAACCUCAAUAAGUACCUUCACAAGGCCUGAAAAGCCUGAGAACAUCAAGAUUACUGCACGAGGAACCAGUAACCUGACCAUCGAGUGGACUUUACCUUUAGGGAGGGCUGUUCACUAUGUGGUGAACAUCUCAAAUGAAAUAUAUUCUAAUAGCACUACAACAGCGGGCAAAGAAGCAACCUUUACUGAUUUAUUCCCUGGGAGACUGUAUAAUAUCACAGUGACCGCUGUAGCUGGAAACUUCCGCAAGACGUCUGAGCAGUCUUCAUUUGCCACUGAGCCCACACCUCCUGGAUCCAUCAUCAUCAGUCAGAGGACAAACUCCUCGCUCUUUUUGAGGUGGGAUACUCAUGUUUUGAUGGAUGGAGCUCCAAGCAUCAGUUAUAACAUAUCCUAUCAGCAUGAUGGUGGAGAGGCACUGAAUAAAAUCUCCUCAGACAAGCACACCGAGCUGACCUCACUUCUCUCUGGAAAGUCCUACAAUAUAAAUGUACAAACAGUUGGACCCCAGGGUUUGAAGAGCACGGCUGUCCAAAUUACUUCUUUCACCUUGCCCAACCCUGUGUUGAAUCUUGAAGCGAGCCCUAAAUCCACCACCUCAGUAAAAGUGUCAUGGUCACCACCACAGGAAGCCUGGUCAUAUUAUGAAUACUUGGUUCAAGCCUACACCACUACAGGAGAACUGGUUUUCAACAUAACAGUCAGCAAUAACAGUGCAGAUGUAACAUCUCUGGAGCCAGGGAAUAGAUACAAUAUCAAUGUCACGACAAGAGCAGCAGCAGGGAGUGAAUCCACGGUGGAACAGACAUUCAGUUACACCAUGCCGAAAGCAGUGUCGCUUCUCAAAGUGGAGUAUGUGAACACAACGGCCAUCCGGCUGACAUGGCACAGACAAAGCGAUCACAAGCCUACCUACUCCUACCUGGUGAAAGCGCUGCAGAACACCAGGAUGGUGCAGAAUUCUUCAACCAACACUGAGUCGUUCACAUUCUACAAUCUGAAGCCUGGAGAACUGUACACUUUUGAUGUCUUUACGGUGGUAGGAGGGGUCAAGUCCACAGUGGAAAGCAUAUCAAGUUACACAAGGCCUGAAACAGUUUCUGGCAUCAUAGCGUUAGGAAGCACAACAACAAUGUCAGUGAGCUGGACACUAGCAUUUGGACAGGUGGACUCCUACACCGUCCUGCUGCAAAAAGGCGGGGAGCUGGAGAGAAACAAAACAGAUCUGAGCAACGCCACUGUGUACAUAGAGUUUCCGGAUUUGACACCAGGAGUGCUUUACUGUGUGAUUGUGGUCACCAGAAGAGGACCUUUUCAAAGCAACUUGUCUGAUUGCAACGCAACUUUUCCCAACCCUCCAGGCCCCAUCACGGUGGUCUCUCAAACUGAGACGUCCAUCAACUUCACCUGGGCCUUUCCCAACAUGGACUAUAAUCAGUUCACCUUCAGUGUUUCCAACUUUUCGCGCUCCUCUCUCGUUACACACAACUGGUUUCUGCUGGACAAGCUCCAGUCCGGAAGCCCCUACAGUAUUGCUGUUGUUACUGUGGGUGUGUUAAACUAUACGAGCACUGCAGUAACAACGGAAAACUAUACCAGACCAUAUUCUGUCACCAACCUGAGAGAGACAGAAAUCACCACAGACUCAGUGACCCUGGAGUGGGAACAGCCAGAAGACAAAAACUACUCAUAUGUGGUUCAGACCAGCAAUGGCUCAUUCAAUUCCUCUGAAACAGUCAGAAACAAACACAACCAAACAAUCCAUGGACUUCUCUCUGGGAGCAACUACAGCUUCACUGUAACCACACAGACAGCAGAUGGCACUGAGGCAGCUCCUAUGGCAGUGUCCUACUUUACACGUCCCUACAGAAUUGAGCAGUUGGAAGCUGUCACCUCAAACUCAACUGCUGUAUGUCUGGUUUGGACUAAGCCACCAGAGUAUAAGUCUGAAUACAGGUAUCGGGUCGAGUAUGCAGAAUUUGUCUAUGAAUCCAAAAACAAAUCCUCCAAACAAAAUGACACAGAGAUCUCGGGGCUCAUUGCUGGGACCAACUACACCUUCUGUGUUUUUGUCAUGGCAGCAAAUGGCAUAGAAGGGGAAGCCAGAUGCAUUUCCAAGUGCACAAAUGCAAGCCCGGUGAAAUAUUUGAGGUGUGAAGGUCCGAACACAGCAAAGGCAGAACUCAUCCUGAAGUGGCACAAACCCAAUGGCCAAUACUCUGGCUUCAAAGUCACGUAUAAUGGCUAUAUCACCUCGACUAAAAACUGUUGUGAACAUACUGUGACCAACCUUCCUCAUUAUACUGAAUACAAUCUGACAAUGGAGACUCAGAGCUGUGGACUACCCAGCACUCCUCAGAAUACUCAAUGCCGGACAGGCAUCACAAAUCCAUCUAUUCCAGCUAACUUUACCCAACUGGUGAAGGUGGGUUCCAUGUUAUUCAGCACGUUCACCCUUCAGAUUGACUACCGCCUGCUGGACAACACCAAUGGGCCAAUCACACAUGUUGGGGUGCUGGUGACAAAUGACCUCAAAAGUGACACUAAUUGGACCUGGCACUUGAGAAACACUUAUAGUCAGUGGAAAGCAAAGAAGACAUCUGUGUACCUGGCGACGGUCAAAGAAAUCCUCUUCCAAACACGCAGUGGAGAAAGCCAUUUCAACAUAGCGGUGGGAGAUGAAUCCGAUUGGAAGGGCUACACUAAUGGUGCUUUGGAUGCCAAUGGAAAAUACCAAUAUGCCAUUGUGUUGUUCACCCAUCUGAACAUGGAAAACAACCUUGUCCUAAACAGUAAAUCACUGGUGGCAAUAGCCCAUCCCUAUCCUGUUGUUAUACUUCCACAGAACCCAGCAAUCAUUGGCAUUGCUGUCGGAGUAACAUUGGGAAUUUUUUGCAUUCUCUUCAUCAUCCUAAUCGGCUUCAUAGUCUAUUGGAAAAGGGUUUCCAACAAAGAAUCAUCAGACAUCCAGAUUUUUUCCAUGAGAGCCAAAGUAAGUUUGGCUGUGAGGGUGGAGGACUACGAGGCCUACUACAAGAAGCAGAAGGCCGACUCCAGCUGCGGCUUUGCUGAAGAAUUUGAGGACCUGAAGAUGGUUGGUACAGCUCAGUUGAAAUCCAAUGCUGAGAGAUUGGAGAACAAGCCCAAGAACCGCUACGCUAACGUGCUUCCCUAUGACUCCUCUAGGGUGAAACUCUCUAUCAUCCAUGGGAGUCCAUAUGAUGACUACAUCAAUGCUAACUACAUGCCGGGUUACAACUCUAGGAAGGAGUUUAUCGCAGCUCAGGGUCCUUUGCCCGGCACAGUCAACGAUUUCUGGAGGAUGAUCUGGGAGAAGAACGUACGGAGUCUGGUCAUGCUGACACGCUGUAAUGAACAGGGACGAGUCAAAUGCGAGCAAUAUUGGGCUCAGGGCACCAAGCACUUUGAAAACAUCACUGUGACAACAACCUCUGAAAUAGCACUUGAAGACUGGACCAUCAGGGACUUUGACAUUAAAAAUGUAAAAACAGCAGAGACCCGUUCAGUGCGUCACUUCCACUUCACAGCCUGGCCAGAUCACGGCGUACCGCAAACCACUGAGCUCCUCAUCAGCUUCAGACACUUGGUCAGAGAACACAUGGACCAAUUCUCCAGGCACUCUCCCACUGUGGUCCACUGCAGUGCUGGUGUCGGAAGAACUGGCACCUUCAUAGCCAUCGACCAUUUGAUGUUCCAGAUUGAAAGGGAAAAUAUUGUGGACGUUUUCGGCAUCGUCUAUGAUCUCCGCAUGCACCGACCCCUUAUGGUGCAGACAGAGGACCAGUAUGUGUUCUUAAACCAGUGUGCCAUCGACAUCAUCAGAUCAAGAACUGGAACCAAUGUGGAUCUAAUCUACCAAAACGCUGCUGCACUCUCUAUUUAUGAGAAUGUAGAACCAAAAAAAGGUUUCUCCAAAAGCGAGUACAACAAUGCAUAAACCCGAGAAAACCACUCAGGUCCUCCUAUAUUCUCUCAAGCUUUAAAAAAUCUGCAGGCUUUUGCAAAGGGAACAUUUUUAACAAAUUGGUUAAACAUUUUUAACACAUUUUUAACAAAAUGCAUUUCUAUUUUUAUUCUUGCCAGGCUUUUGAUAAGUAUCUUAUAUCUUUUUAGAUUCAACCCUCUAUUUUGUGGUAUUUAUUUGUUGCAAAUGUUGAAUGAUUGAAAAUAGAGGGAGCUGCAUAUGGAGAUACAAUAGGGGACAUAAUCACUGACCAAAACGAAAUUGGAUUAUAAUGUAAAUUUGUAUUGCUCAGUCUUUCUUUACAUUUCUGCUUGUUUACUACUGUAUAUGACUAACUGAUUAUACAAUGUUCUUCUCAGGUAAUAUAUUGUAUGCUGUAUAGGUAUUAUUACAGUUUUUGCCAGGAACACUUGUAUUAUUGGAACUUUGUAUUGCCUUGUACGAAGAAUUGCUGGUUUGAAUAAUAUGCGCCUUUUCAAAGCCUGUAUGCUUUGGUGCCAGUAGGUGGCACUCCAUUGUAUUGUGUUAAACUGAAAGAGACCAACAGGGACUGAUAAGAUAUUACUUUGUUAAAGUAACCUUUAGGUUAAGAUAAACAAUAUAUCAUAUUUUAUAGAAGUAUCAGGUUAUCCAGCAAAUUAUUUUAGCUUGCCUUAUUCCAAUUUAAACUGUGCAAUGCCUUUUAAUGAAGGAAUGUUGUAUGUUCAAUGUAAAGACUUUUCUUUGUGUAUGCACUGUAGUUAGUAAUGCACUGGAUGCAUUAGUCUUUUGUACACUGUCGAAUUUACAAAUUAUAAAGAUGUAUUUAUCCGUUAUCAGUCUCAUUGAUAACAUUUUGGCCAGUUGUUUGUGAAACAUUCAUUCGCCCCACAUUUGAUUGUUGCAAUUUGACUUUGAUUUUUGUUUUCUUCAUCUGAUCAGAAUAGGUUUGCAUUAAAAAAGCGCUCAGGAGAAUUUUGCUGGGGUGGUAUGGUGUGAGAAAAUCCAUACUGCCACAGUUUGUAGUUUAAAUAAUUUAGAAGUCAUCGUACUGAUUUUGUUUUGUUAAUGACAUUCUUCUCUGUACAUUCCUCAAAGAAACAACCAUGUUAUGUCACUUCCUGCUGUAUAUCCGGCCUGUCUAUGGCCAUUUCCUGUGAUUUAAAAAUCACCAUAGGAGUUUUGUUUUUAGCUUUUAAAGGGCAGCAUUUGCUAUUAGGCAGGUACAUUGGUGUGUGGGGUCAGCUUUAUGAUAUUUUUUAGAAUUAAAUGUUUCAUUCGUAUUGUAUUAUAAUGUACUUAAUGUUUAAAAGCACUUAAUGAAAAAAGAAUAGCAAAUAGUUUCAUAAUUGUAGCAAUGUUUUUGGAAUGCUUUAUAAAAUGCUUGCUGGUACAAUGCAAAUAAAUGUAAAAAAAGCAAUGAUUUAAUAUUUGUAAACAUAUCAAUAAAAAAUGAACCAAAAUGG